AAGCGCGAGAUAUUCAUCAUCAUACAUUUCUUUCCAUCCCCUGUGAAUACACCCGAUAUUUCCCCAUACGCCUUUCUCUCUGCCAGAUAGGUAGUGUGAGUCACGUCAGUCACAAUGGAGAUGAGUCUGUCCCAGCAGUCAUCGCAAUGCAGUUCCACUCAGAAGUAUACAACUGUCGGUUCUGUCUGGCACCCUCAGACAACUCCCAUGCAGCCACCAACGCGUCGCGGCCGCACUCUUCGCUCUGUCGCGCCUGAACCACUUGACCACAACUAUUCUGCCGCCACCCACCACCCUACACAAUAUUAUUCACCCCUACAACAGAAUUCUGACCGCGCCGUCAGUCCUAUUCCUCCCGACCGUCAACUUUUCGCCCGCAUUGCUGAAUUAGAGGAGAAGCAUUCUCCUUAUUCGACAACAAUGUCUCAGCAACCUUCCAACCUAUACCAGCCCUCCAAUGAACUUGUCCUUUCUGGUAAACAAAAUGAAGGAAGUAAACACCACGAUGGCGACAAUGAUUCCGACGUCGAUGAUGAUGAAGAUAUGAACCUCAACUACCUCAACCGGAUGCCUACCAAGAGCGUGACCAACCUGGCUUCUUAUGCCAACCCCAUGCAGAAGGCUGCUCAGAAGCUUCUCACUCGAGCUAGACAGACUCCCUCAUCCAUUCAGCAUCAGAAGUCAGAUAUCACUCAGGAGAAUCGAGGUUCACUUCCUCCUCCUGGAUACGGCGCCGGUCUCAAGUACAAUCGUUCUGACCCGCUUGGCGUAGAGGGCCUGCUCCAAUCCGAUAGAGUCGAUGAAUCCGGUCUUCCCAUCCGACCUCUAAGACCUUUUAACUCGAACAUUAGUGAUUACCCUAACCGAGAGCGCGACAGUUAUCCAGCUGUCUUGUCCAAGGGACCUGGCGCACCUCUUCCCCUGACCGCGGGUCCUCCUGGUCAACGUCAAUUCCUGUCGUCCGCCUCCAACCCUACGAACGCCUUCCAGAAAGGACCCUCUGCCCUCAAUCCCUCGAUGGGUCACUGGCAAAAGGGCUUCGAUCAGCCACGCGGAGCUGAAUCGUUCGAGGAUACGGUUCCACGCCUUCCACAGUACCCGUUUUCGUCCUUUCAAUCACAGCAAGCUGCUCAGCCUAUGAGUCAGCAGCCUACCCCAUCGCUUUUAAGCAGAGCUCCCUCUGCUCAUCAAUAUCCUGCGAUGAACAAGGGUAAAGAGAAUAGCGGUAGUGGCAGAAUGGUUGACACACUUACUUAUGAAGAGGCGAAGAAGUUCUUCCCGAACGGAUUUCCUGCGGAUUUCAAUAACAAUUACCAACCGAUCCCAGACAACUGGGCAGAGCUCCGUAUCCAGGAGCUGGAAGAGCAAGAAAGGGCGAAGAACCAGGUCAGAAUGCAGGAAUCGCGCGAGUGGCAAGCAGCUCGCCAAGCCUGGCUUCAUCGAGACUUCUAUUCUGGCAAUGCAAUGAUUAACAAGGACUUUGAAGUGGCAGUCCAUGAGAAGAACAGUCGCGAUGUCGCUCGCGCCGUCGGCUCCAUGUUCCAAGAGCCCGAGAAGCCCGCGGGUAGGGUUGCAAACCGAAAACUCUCGAUGGGAGAGGUUAACGGAAUGCCUACACAUGAGCACGCCAAGCCGCUCUUGAGCGUAAUGUACCAAUCGCUCGCUAACAAUCCGGCCAUCACGCCUCACCCACGUCUUCCCAAGUAUGUCGUUCCUCCGAAGAAAAAGAAGCCCGAGGACUCGACUGAGCAGGAUGGUUCUGCCUGAUUUCUUCCAAUACUCCUCCCCUGAAGUUAAUCGAAGUUUGCAAUAGCAUUCUGAUGUGCGCGUUGGCUAUGGAGCGGAGCAAGGAGUAUUCCAGACAACAGGAUGAUAACGACUGGACAUGGAAUUGAGGGUGGAAAGGGAUAUUGAAUGAGAGAAAUAAGAAAACCCACGUAACCGAUA